AUGUCUAAGCGACAGGCUGACUUCCAACUUACGAGUUUAAAUGUCGAAACAGAUAAUAAAAGUAAUUAUGAUUCAGAGGGAAUUAAUAUAAAUUCUGAAGUAACUCAGGAAGAUGAUAUAUCAAAACGAAAAAUACUUCGUUUAAAAAAAAGAGAUAGAGAACUUCCUGAGGUAAAUCUGACUACAGAACAUAUUGUUAAGGGAAAAUCGGAAAUUACUAAUAAUAUAAAAGAAUCUGAUAGUACUGAAUGUACUGUUAAUAAUGAGGAUAAUAAAAUAGAGGAGAAACUAAAACCUUCAGAUGAACCUAAUCAUACUUUAGACAAUACUAUAAAAGAAACACCUACAACUAAUUAUAUAUCUCCAAAGUCUAGUGAUUUAAAUAACAAUAAUGAUAAUAUAUAUGGUGAGACUGAUAAGGAAAGUUUACCUUUUGGUAAUAAUGGAUUUUGUACUAACUUUACCAAUCCAUUUAUAACAUUAGCAAAAGGUGAAGGUAACUUCUUAUUUUCCAAUGACUCAAAGCCGAUAAAUGUUUCUAUUUCUGUUGAUCAAAAUGUAAAUAGUGAACUAUAUCAAAAUUCACUUGAUAAUAAUGAAAUUGAUGAGAUUGGUCAAAAAGAUAUACAAGACUUAGAUGAUGAAAAAGUAUUACGUAAACUCUUUACUGGUGAGGAAGAUGAAGAAAAUAUUUAUAGAUGUAAAGAUGUGGAGCUAUUUAUUUUAACAGAGAAUGAAUAUAAUACAAAAGCAUUCAAAAAAAAAGGGGUUGGUAUUUUACAUCUAAAUAAGCCUAAAAGUGAUCAACCUAAAAGUGAUAAACUUAAAACCACAAUAUCUUUUAAACAACCCCGAAUUAUAUUUAGACAGAAAGGCAUAUAUUCAGUACUAUUAAAUUCACCAAUAACUUGUGAAAUAGCACAUACAUUUCGUAAAAGUCAACACAUAACAAAAGGUUUUGCAAUAAGCUUUAUAGCUUAUAAAGAAGAUUCUUCCAUUAUAUCUUGUAUGAUCAGAUUUACAAAGGAAAGUGAUGCAGAUAACUUUUUAAGUAAAAUAAAGACAUUGACAGAUUCAUAA